GAUUGGCUGGGCCGCCUCAUGUUCACGCUUCCAUUGGCCGAGAGGCCGGCGGGGGCGGGCACGGGCAGACUUACCUCCACAGGUCCCCGCGGGAGCGUUAUUGUGCGCGGCGGUUGCUGUUCGUUGAGCUUCUGUUGAGAGAAGCGGCCGGCGCGGCGCCGCCGGAGGGUAUAAAAGAUGGCAAGUCCAGAUAGAAGUAAGCGGAAGAUACUAAAAGCCAAAAAGACAAUGCCUGCAAGUUGCCGGAAGCAAGUGGAAAUGCUGAAUAAGUCAAAGAAUGCCGAAGCACUGAAAACAGCAAAUGGGAGUAAUGUGUCAAGUGGUAAUCAGAAUUCAAGUACUGGUGUCAUAAACAGCAAACGUGGACAUUCUGAAAAUGCUUCUUUAUUGGACUCUAACAAAAAUUCAGUAUGCUCAGAGGAAAGUAAAGCAUCUUCUCAAAAAGUAAUGAAACCACUAGAAAUUGUUGAUUCAGGAACAAGACUGGAAUACACUGAAGAACAAGUUGUGUGCCCUUACCAAAAGCCAAGUAAAACAGUAGAAUCUUCCAAGAAACUUUUUACACAAAAGGCAAAAGAUUCACAGAACACUUCUGAAAAUGAUACUGAAUGUCAGACAGAUGUAACAAAAUCCUGUUUUGAACAACACAAAGAAGAUUGUAAUCUGAAAUCCAUUUGCUGUCCAUCUAACAUAUUGAGCGGUAUGGUUCAAAUGCCCAAAACUAUAGUAAACAAUACUUUGGAUGAUAAGAGAAUUGACAAGAUAGUUUCCUAUUUACAAACAAAUUCCAAUUCUGAGUCAUGUGAUAAAAGACAAGGUGACAUUUUAAGUCCAGAUACCCGUUUUGUGUCUGUUGAUAAAAUACCCAAGUUGGUGAAUUCAGUCCUUUCCACUAACUGUGCUACCAACAUUUUGAAAAGUGAAGAAUCCCGUAGAACCUGUCAUUCCAACAUUUCAAAUUCUGAAAGUAUAGACUCAACACGGCUGUCAGCACUUGACGCUGAUAGUAAUAACAGCCAUAAUCAAAAGAAGAGGAUGUUUUCAGAAAGCAAAGAAAGUGUUAAGCGCGUGAAAACUUCAGAGCAAAUUAAUGAAAAUAUUUGUGUAGCUCUGGAAAAGCAAACAGCAUUGCUGGAACAGGUCAAACAUUUGAUUCGACAGGAGAUCUGUAGUAUAAAUCACAAACUAUUUGAUGAUAAGCUGAAAGAAUUGACUGAACGCAUUGGGAAGACACAGUGCAGGAAUAAACAUGAAGCCAUAGCUGAUGAACUCUUCGCAAAAAUAUCAAAACUUCAAAGACGUAUUAAAGCAGUAUUGCAGUCUCAGAAGAACUGCUUGGAACCAAAUAUAUUAACCAGUAAUGCAGCCUGCAAGGCUACAAGUUCAGAGACCAUGAAUUUGGAUAAGAAUUCAGAGUCAGUCAGUAGUCCAGAUGAAGGAAAGAAUUCUGUGAGCUCUGAACCUUCUAACCCUUCAGAAGAAGCAAGUAAAAAGGUUAAUUUAUCACGGGAUCAUAAUGAGGCUGUUUCAGAAAGUAACAAUGAUGAUGUUAUGUUGAUUUCUGUGGAAAAUCCUAAUUUGACAACUCCAAAUACAUCAAAUCCAACAGAUACUGGAAGAACCAAAUCAGGAAAUUCUAGUACUUCACCUGGUGCUAAAACAGAAGUUACGGCUGUAGAGAAGAAGAAAUUCGAUUCUGUGAUUGAUCUGACGAAAGAAGCCCUAUCAAACUGCAACACAGGAAGUUCAGCAUCCGCCAUGGAUUCACCUGCAAAAGCUGCUUUGAUCUCAAAGGAGACAACCCCCGUGGCACAAAAUGCAGCCCAGGUUCUUGAGUCCUUUGAGCACUUGCCACCUCUCCCAGAGCCGCCACCACUACUCCCUGAACUGGUGGACAAAAUCCGGGACACGCUUCCUCCCCAGAAGCCCGAGCUCAAAGUGAAACGGGUGCUGAGACCCAAGGGCAUUGCCCUGACUUGGAACAUUGCCAAAAUCAACCCCAAAUGCGCCCCCGUGGAAAGCUAUCACCUCUUCCUCUGCCAUGAGAACCCUAGCAAUAAGUUGAUUUGGAAGAAAAUUGGAGAAAUUAAAGCUCUGCCCCUCCCCAUGGCCUGUACUUUAUCUCAAUUUUUAGCUUCCAACAAAUAUUAUUUUACUGUCCAAUCAAAAGACAUUUUUGGGCGAUAUGGACCAUUUUGUGAUAUAAAAUCUAUCCCUGGGUUUUCUGAAACUCUUACCUAAAAAAAAAAAAAGGCUUUGGUAAUUAUAUUGUACCACAUUGUUGUUUUUUUUUUUUUUUCACGUUUGAGUUGUUGGUUUACGAUGUUCCUCUAACACUGUUUGCCAUCUUCAAGGGCCAGUCCAGAUUGUGAACCCUUUGUAUAGGGCAGGCCUCCUCCCUGUGUCAAAAGUGGCCUCUAGUUUCAUGAGUUUCUGAUUUGCACCCCGUAAGUACUCCCAGUGGGAAUGUUCUACAACGUACUGUCGCUGGGCAGUGUCGUGCACAGUACCGCUGCCCACGGACCCUGGCGCAUGAGCUGCCCCCGGCGCCUCGGCCAGCAGUCCGCUGCCGGGCACCUGCGUCUGUGGGCAGUGCAGGUUGGUGAAAAACCCGCUCUUCGGAGGCAGGCUCGUCUGUGGGGUUCAUCUCCCCAAGAUCUUAUGUAAAUAAGUGUCUUCUCAUUCUGUUCAAAAUCUAAGGGCCAUGAAUUUGCCCUCUCCAUUGUUUUUGUUUUUUGGCUACCCAGUCACUUGGAAAACGAGUCUGGAGGUUUUCCCUAAAUCUGUUUGUAUAUUUAGGUACGUAAUAAAAUCAGUUCAACACCGUGUGCUGUGUACACAAAACCCGGAGUAUGUCUUAUAAAACCGUCAUCCAACCCACUGUUUCAGCUCUGGACAACGGAGAGGCUUGCCGUAGGUUUAAGGCUUUCACGUGUUGAUUCUUCCGUGCUGCUCUGUUCUUCUCCUGGUGCCCCUGUUCCUCGGAGGAACAGAGCAGUAAAGGCCCCGAGAGCAGAGUCCCGGGCGCACGUCUGUCUGCGGUGCACGGGAGGGAAGCUGUGGCUAGCCCGGCUCGCCCGGGAACUCAAUGGGCCAGCAGACUGGGUGAGUGUGAGUCGGGCGAGGGGACUGCUGAAGCAAAGGGACGUCACUGCUAGUGGGAGGGACAGUCUGCUCCCCAGAGGAGGGCUUUCUGGGUCCAUGGUGAGAGUGCAGUCCUCGGAGGCUCCGAGAUUGCAAAAAUUGAACGAGGAGCGCUUUUCUUUGGCAUUUUAUGAAUAC